AAAAAACAAAAAAAGCUCGUUGUAUGCUCACCGCUGCCUCGAGAAUCCAGAAAGCUCAUCGGGUAAAACACUUCUAGCGGUCUUUUUAAGGCUAUCGAUAGCCGGUCUAACAUGCCAACCAAUCGGUCAUGCAACCUCGAGUACAACGCCCAGUUAUACGCCGACAACGACGAACUCCAACGCGGCGUGAACCUCAAGGCCGUGGACUUGCUUCACAUGGCUUUCACUCCAGCCGACAACACCGAGAACCAGCAAUUCUUGGACAUAGGCUGCGGCACCGGGGACUUCACCCGAGACUGGCUGCUGCCUAGAUGUCCGCCCUGCCGAAGACUAGUCGCCGUAGACGCGUCUGAUGUGAUGCUCUCGUAUGCUCGCACAAACAGCGCGCAUUCCAAGAUCCAAUACGAUUACCUGAAUGUAGGUGAUGACGUCACGGACUUCGUCGGAAAGUACGGAAGGUUCGAACGAAUCUACUCCUUUUUCUGCCUCAACUGGCUUAAAGACCAGGCCGAAGCCAUGAGAAACGUGUCACGGCUGCUGACGCCAUCUGGCGAGUGUCUCCUGGUGUUUCCCGCCUGGUCGCCCACGCGGGCACUGUGGAAGCACAUUGCGCAGCUCGAUCGCUGGAAAAAGUUCUCGAACGUCUUCGAAGAGCUCACACCGAAAAGCCAGGAUUUGGAGGACGACAAGGAGAGACUGUCCUACCUGCGUGACAUUCUCGACUCUGCUGGCCUUAAGGCCAACACGUGCGAACUGCUUUAUUGUGUGGUCGGAAUCCACAAAGACACUCAGACUCUUGUCGACGCCCAGCUCUCCCUAAAUCCUGUGGUGGCAUCUCUAUCGCCCGAAGAGAAGGAACUGUUCCGCAAGGACGUGACCAACGAGGUUCUAAAAUGGAAGAGGGGCAACGUCUGCUCUACAAGGCCCUCGGUGUAUCUUGUUCACGCGAGAAAGCGAAACGAAUAAGCAUUAAAGUUCCGUGC